AUGCCACUCAAGGUGGGAAGUGUGAUAGUUCCAACUGACUUUGUGGUAGUAGAGAUGGAUGAAGAACCCAAAGAUCCUCUGAUUUUGGGAAGACCUUUCCUUGCCACUGCUGGAGCUAUAAUUGAUGUGAGAAGAGGCAAGAUUGAGCUGAAUUUGGGUAAAGACUGCAAGAUGGUGUUCAAUGUAAAAGAUGUUAUGAAGCAACCAACUAUAAAUGGUGAGUCAUUUUACAUUGAAACACUUGAGCAGCUAGCCGAAGACUACUUGGAGGAAUUGGGAGUUGAGGAUAAGCUGCAGCUGGCUUUGACUAAGGAUAAUGAGGAGUUUGGAUGUCUACAAGCAGAGAGUAUGGGUUAUGCUUGGCUUAUGGACUCACACAGAGCAGAAAAGGGGACAGGCUUUGAGGAGUUGGUUCAGUCAGAAACGAAGAGCAUCCGGGAUGGAAAACAGGUUGAGAACCUGUUUGCUCUAGAGUCUAAACCGAAGGAGGAAAGCUCUCAAGAGCAAGGCACGGACGAUGACUGGUCUGAGCUUAAGGCUCCCAAGUCGAUCUCAAACCACUCCCAAAGGGGCUCAGGUAUGCGUUCUUAG